AUGGGUGAGCAACCUAACUUUAUCACUCAGAUAUUCCACCAAGAGGAUGUAAUCAAGCGAGUGGUGGAGGUGAUUAAAGACCUUGGAGUAAGUUCCGCUGAGGACCUUAAGUAUUUGGAGGCAGAUGACCUCGCAGGAGUCCUUAGGCCAAUAGAGAUCCGAAAAGUAAUUUCCCACCUUAAAUCGAUGGGAAUGUUGAAUGAUUCCUCCUCACAAGCUACUACACUAAUUGAGGAGUCAAGCACUGGUGAAGAUUCAUUUGUUAGUGACAUUGAUGAUUAUGUCACCAGCAAUAACUCAACACUAAAAACCACUCCUGCAAGGAGCUCAGCUUUGGUCAUGUCAAAGAGCAGUCAAGCAUCACCCAUUAUGCCAAGUCCAGCCUCACCCAGUUUUUCAAGUCCAGCCUCACCCAGUGUUUCAAAUCAAGCCUCACCCAGUGUGUCAUGUCGAGAAUCAUUUUCUGCAUCAGAGAGUGGGUCCUCCCCUUUAGUCAGGGAAAAUAAUAGCUGGCAUUACAGUUUUCACAUACCCUGGAGUAAGUUGGCCCCAAGUGCAAGACAACUAUUAGAAAAUAACCAGAGGCCAUCUGCAGCAGAAAGAAGGGAGAUUGUCAGGGUUGUGGUGGGUGAAGUUCUAAGCGUGUGCAAGAAGCCAGGCAAGCGGCACAUUGCGGAAAUUGCAAGGCAAAUGGUGAUUCGAUACCCAAAAUCAUUCCGAGAUGAAAUCGAGGGCCAGGUUGUUGGCACUGGUUAUGACUCCCUUGUCAAACAAUUAAUGUCUCGUAUUGAUAAUUUUAGAAGACUUCAAACUCCCACCAAUAAAAGGGUAUCUGAAAGUGGCAGGCCUGAGAACGUAAAGAAAGGGCGUAAAGAUGCUUAUGGCUGCAUUAACCCUGACCCAGAGCUUCCUAGUAGUGAAACAAAACAAUUAUAA